UGUGGUUUUGGUGUGUAUUUCCCAAUGCGAUAGGGAGGCAGCACUAUUGGUCCUUUUCCUCGUUAGUUUACGAGAGCCGCUAACAUACGCCGGGGUUGGAGAUUUACGUGUCCCGUGGCCAGCUCCUUCAAACUCGACGUGGCAAACUACGAAGCAGGGUGCGCAUCCACACCCGCGCGUAGUUUAGCCGCGAGGCCCAUAAAAAUAUUCAUGUUUGCGCAAGUUGGCGCUUAAAAUAGUCGGCUGAAACCCAACAGUAUGUAUAAUGCUCUUUCUACUUCUUCUACGGCAGCGCAUAUAUUAUAUACACAUCUUUCUCACUUCAUUCAUUAGUGCGUGUGCUCCGUGUGUUUCAUAUCCAUCUGCUCUUCUUCUUCGCGUUGGGAGUCUCUUUUUUGAAUUUUCUUUGUUUCUUCUUCUUGUUUAGUUUUUUGAUGAGUUUGAAUGUGCAUGAGUUGCCGAUCACUUAUGGUUUUUGGUGUAUGAGAAUGUGAUUUGGAUUGUAGUUCGCCGGCGGUGAUUUUGGGUGCUUGAAGUUGUUGACGUGGAUGUUUUGAUAGAAAAGGAAGCGAAACACAUCACGUGAUAAUCAAGAAAAGAUGCCGCAUCGAACCACUUACUUUUUCCCGCGGCAAUUUCCUGACCGCAGCUUGGCGGCGGAUCACGAGAAGAAGCAGGUGGUGGUAGAUGAGAUUCAGGACAAGGAGGACUCCCCUCCUAAAGGUGGAGUCACGUGCGACAAGAUUCACGGGAAGCAGCUCGCCGCCUUCGUCAAGUGGCUUUCCGACAAGAAACACAGGGACAAAUCCCAAUUCGCCAAGAUCAAAUCGUACGAUCACGACCAUGAUAUUGAGGAAGAAGAUGAAUCGACGCAGCGCCUCCUGCCGCCGCCGGAGCAGCCUACAAAUGAGAGUGGUAUCGAGCGGCAGAUUUCGCUGCAGAGAGUGUCGAGCGAGGGGAGCACCAGCUACGCCGGGAGCUUGUUUUCCGGGACCACUUUGGACGGGAAUUGGUCGGCGAAUACUACUGGAAUACUCAAGGAGCCUGCCGGAGUGAAGGAGGAGGAGGGCGAUGGGGUGAUGCAGAGGUAUAAAGAGGGCUACUAUCUGCAGCUCAUGUUUGCCAAACGCCUCACUCAACAGGCGGCGCUUGUGACGGAGCCUCUGCUUCUGCCGGAACGAAGGAUGGGCGGCUCCCCCGAUGCCGACACCGUCUCCUAUCGUCUUUGGGUGAGUGGUUGCUUGUCAUACAGUGACAAAAUAACUGAUGGAUUCUACAACAUUUUGGGGAUGAAUCCAUAUCUAUGGCUAAUGUGCAACGAGGUGGAGGAAGGUAGAAGGAUGCCCUCAUUGAUUGCACUCUCAAAUGUCGAACCCAAUGAUUCUUCAUUGGAGGUGAUUUUGGUGGAUCGUCGUGGCGAUUCACAGCUCAGAGAGCUUGAAGAUAAAGCUCAGGAGAUAUAUUUCUCUGCUGAGAGUAACAUCACUUUGGCAGAGGAGCUUGGGAAACUUGUUGCUCUCUCUUUGGGGGGCUCUUUUCCUUUGGAGCAAGGCGACCUUCACCGUGGCUGGAAGUUGGUUGAUCAGAGAUUUAAGGAUUUGUACAAAUGCAUCGUCAUUCCAAUUGGCAGCCUAUCUAUGGGACUUUGCAGGCACCGUGCUAUUCUGUUCAAGAAACUAGCGGAUUAUGUAGGUCUGCCUUGUCGGAUUGCUCGAGGUUGCAAGUAUUGUGUUUCUGAGUAUCAAUCGUCAUGCCUUAUUAAAAUUGAGGAUGAAAGGAAGCUUUCAAGGGAAUAUGUUGUUGAUCUAGUUGGGCAACCAGGACACAUUCAUGGUCCCGAUUCAUCAAUCAAUGGAAAUAUACUUGCCCCUGUGCCCUCUCCGUUUCAAAUAACUCACAUAAAAGAAGUUCAGCAAGAUGUGAAGAAUAAGAUUGAUUGUCAAUCGGUGAAAUCAAAGUAUGCACGCGGGAAUAACAAUCCUAUGCGUUCAGAUGGAGCCAAGGGUGUUAGCCUUCCAGAUAGAGUAGAAAAUGACGAGAGCAGCGUGGAAGUUCUUGAUGCUGGUGCCACAGUGUCCAAAGAUGGUCAUUCUAAACCAGGAACCGACAGAAUUAUCAUAAAACAGACCUACAAAAAGGAGAUUGUUGUAGCAGGAAAUGCACUUUUAGCUCAAGCUGGACGACAACCUCCAAAAGUAUCCUUCUGUGAAAGCAAAGAUGAGUCGCAGAUUAAGAACAAAUGUUCUGAUAAUGUGAAAUAUCAUGCUUCAUUGAUUCCUAGAUAUUUGAGUAUAGAGCCUUCUCUUGCAAUGGAUUGGCUCGAGAUCGCAUGGGAUGAGUUACACAUUAAAGAACGCGUUGGAGCUGGAUCUUUUGGCACAGUUCAUCGGGCGGAAUGGCAUGGAUCGGAUGUAGCAGUUAAAGUUCUAACUAUCCAAGAUUUUCAUGAUGAUCAAUUGAAGGAGUUUCUAAGGGAGGUUGCCAUUAUGAAACGUGUCCGUCAUCCCAAUGUCGUGCUGUUCAUGGGUGCUGUUACGAGACGUCCACAUCUCUCAAUAGUAACAGAGUACUUGCCGAGAGGCAGUCUAUUCCGCCUGAUACACAGGCCAGCUGCUGGGGAGAUAUUGGACCAGAGGAGACGACUACGCAUGGCUCUGGACGUGGCUAAGGGAAUAAAUUAUCUUCAUCGUCUCAACCCACCUAUUGUCCACUGGGACCUAAAAUCGCCGAAUCUGUUGGUUGAUCGGAAUUGGACUGUUAAGGUGUGUGAUUUCGGCCUGUCAAGAUUCAAAGCAAAUACAUUCAUAUCAUCAAAGUCUGUUGCUGGAACCCCUGAAUGGAUGGCCCCUGAAUUUCUUCGGGGAGAGCCCUCAAAUGAGAAAUCUGACGUUUACAGUUUCGGAGUAAUUUUAUGGGAGCUCGUCACAAUGCAACAACCUUGGAGCGGUCUUAGCCCUGCCCAGGUGGUUGGAGCAGUUGCUUUCCAGAAUCGAAGGCUUGCGAUCCCAGCAAACACCUCGCCCAUCUUGGUGUCUCUGAUGGAGUCUUGCUGGGCCGACGACCCCGCGGAGCGCCCCUCAUUUGCGAGCAUAGUGGAUACGCUGAAGAAGCUGCUUAAAUCUCCGCUGCAGUUGAUACAGAUGGGCGGCCCCUGAUCGUUGUCUUCACUUUUCUUGAUACCCACAGAUUCUCAUUCCACUUUGCUUAAUUAAGAUGGAUAUGGGAAAUAUGGAGCCAAUAAUUUUUGUCAGCGUCUAUGCUGAAUCUUAUAUGAAAGCUAACCUUAUAUCGCAACUUUAUGUUGUUGCAGAAGAUCAUGUAAUGCAAUUAUUAGUCAGCUGAAAAUUGUAUUGCUGGCCUCUCACUGUAUUUUAUCCAGUCGAAAUAAUAGUAAUUUAAGAGUUAUUAAUA